ACGUCAAGUUUUCCGCUUAAGUUAACUUCCUCAUUAGCAGCGUUAGCUUCAAAGUGAUCCACAGUCCGGCGUCGUCUCUGUCUGAACCAUCUUUCUUUUCGGUUCGUCUUCGAGCCUCACAGAUGUCUAAGCCUCCUCCCAAGCCGGCCAAGCCAGGCCAAGUGAAGGUGUUCAGAGCGUUGUUCACGUUCGAUCCCAGAACGCCAGAUGAGUUGUACUUUGAAGAAGGAGACAUUUUGUACAUCUCAGACACGAGCGACUCUAAUUGGUGGAAGGGGACAUGUAGAGGGAGGACAGGACUAAUUCCUAGUAACUAUGUUGCUGAGCAGGCAGAGUCUAUUGAUAAUCCGAUGCAUGAAGCAGCUAAACGAGGCAAUAUGAGCUGGCUGAGGGAAUGUCUGGACAACAAGGUUGGGAUUAACGGGCUGGAUAAGGCGGGAAACACUGCCCUCUACUGGGGAUGCCAUGGAGGACAUAAAGAUGUGGUGGAGUUGUUGCUAAGCCAGCCCAGUGUGGAGCUCAACCAGCAGAAUAAACUGGGAGACACACCGCUGCACGCUGCUGCCUGGAAGGGUUAUUCUGACAUCGUGGAAAUGCUGCUUGCUAAAAAUGCGAGGAUAGACAUCAAAAACAACGAAUGUAAACUGGCUGUCGAAAUGGCCACCAAUGCCCAGUGUGCUUCACUCAUCAAAAGGAAGCAGGGAAGCACCAUCACCCGGACACAUAGCAACGCAGAGGAGUAUUUGGAUGACGAGGACUCGGACUGAGCUGGCUCCGGCUCGGUCAGACCGUCGUCGCUGUUUUAUAUUGUUGGUUCUCUGGAGGUCGUGGAACUUAUAAGAGUUUUGUUUUUGUUGUUUUUCUUGCUAGUCUAAAAUGGGAUUCUUUAACUGAAACUCCAUUUUUAGCUGAAAUAUUUUGUUCAAACACUUCAGUUUUACGCCCUCUGCAUAUUGUGUGAGUUUCAAAGCACUGCGUUAAUCCCAUCGACUGUCUGCUUUGCCAAGUUCAUUUCCUCAUGUAAGAAGUGUAUUUUGGAGCAUUAAAGGCAGACUCUGUGGGCUGAGGUGCUUACUGUAUGUAGUGGGAGAGAUGUGACCAAAGCUCUGCAGAGACACGCCUUAAAACAUGCAAAUUAUGUAUUUAUAAUGGAGAUUAAAGUGCCAGUGCAGAUUCAGAGAUUUAUAUGACUUCUGUUUUGUUUCCAAGCUUCCCUGUCAUUCCUGAACUCCUCAGUAGACCAAAGUGAAUGAAACUGUUGCAUCUUCCUGCUUCAAGGCAACUUAAACUUAUGCUGAAGUGAAGAAGCCUGCCUUUAACUUUUAGGAUUAAUUGGGUGAGUCUAAACCGUUCUUGCAUGGUAAAAAUCAAAUAGCCUGUUACUAGUAUUUUUUGUUUGUUUCUGUUAUUCCCACUGGCAGCAGAGUCCUACUCUCAGUUCACUAUAACCGAAUAACAGUUAAAGUAUCUGAAAAAAGACUUGAGCUACUCUCUACUCUGUCCUAGAGUUUGUUUGCUUUCCAGCCUGGGAGAAAAAUUCAAAUUUAUUGCUGCUUUUCUAUUUGUAUUUAAUAAAAUGCCUAAAAUCUAUGCAACAGAAUAUUUGUUUCUUUGGUUGAGUGUAAUAUUGCUUAUGUUUCACAAUUUUGUCUUAAACCUGCAAUAAAAAUGUUAACAUCCAGUCUCA